AUGCCUUGUGCAAUACACUCCUCUGGUCUCUUUUCAUACCCGCGCGCACACACACACACACACACACACACACACACCACAUACUCCUUGUAUCGACCAAGAAGAGACCCGGCUAACCCCGGACCAACCAUCCUGCUCCCGCAGUUCGCCUCAGUCCAGUGGCUGACCUCGUGGUACGGCAUGGGCAAGACCUCGGUCAAGUCGCCCCUCAACAUCCCGGGCCGCAUCGCCUGGAUCACGAUGGAGUGCCCGGGCUUCCUGACGCUGCUCUACACGCUGCGCUCGGUCGCGGCGCGCGAGGGCGUCGCCGACCUGCCCUGGCAGAACCAGGUCCUCGCCGCGCUCUUCGUCAUCCACUACUCGUACCGCGCGGUCCUCUACCCGCUCCUAGCGCCCUCCAUGUCGCCCGUGCACGCCCUGGUCUGGGCCUUCGCCCUCGCCUUCCAGCUCGCCAACGGCGUCUGCCUCGGCGGCUGGCUCGCCGGCUACGGCGGCGGGCCCACGACGCCCGCCGCCUGGGCCCGCCAGCUCGCGCCCUGGCCCGCGGCGCAGUUCGCCGCCGGCCUCGCCGUCUUCUACGCCGGGCUCGCGGCCAACUACUACCACGACGACGAGCUGCGCGAGAUCCGCCGCCGCGAGGAGGACCGCCUGCGCCGCGUCGCGCGCGAGCAGGGGAAGCCCCUGGGCAGCGUCGAGAAGCACUACUCCCUGCCCCAGGCGGGCCUGUUCCGGUACGUCCUGUACCCGCACUACCUCGUCGAGUGGAUCGAGUGGACCGGCUUCUACAUGGCCGCCGGCUGGACCUGCGCGCCCGCCCGCGCGUUCGUCGUCAACGAGGUCUUUGCCAUGCUGCCGCGCACCGUCAGCGGCAAGAAGUGGUACAUCGAGAGGUUCGGCGAGGACAAGGUCGGGCGCAGGUGGGCCGUCAUUCCGGGCGUCAUCUGA